AUGUCUCGCGCGCGUCGUCUUGCAGGCUUACCACCGCCUGCGGACUCAAUUGGCGAAACGCAUAUAAAAGCAACAGUGCUAAAAGAGGAUGAAAAGGCCAAAGUGAAAUCACACACUAGAACACGACCACAAAAAGUUUAUGUACCGAAAGUUGCAAAUUCUAUGACGUCUCCUACUCCCUCGUUGCUCUCUAAAUCUUUGUUUGGUAUUAAUAAAAAAGAAGAAAAUAAUAGUGAAAGCUUGAAAAUUCCCCAGGAAGUCAUUAAGAGAGGAUUCCGGAAACCAGUUAAGGAAGUAAAAGUGACGCCAUUUCCACCUUUUGAACUAAAACAAGCGGGAAUAGAAAAACGAUUACCACCGAUUAUCGGAAAAGACCAAGAAGUGAUACAACCAGUGGAUCCAGAAGUCUUAAAAGUAGUUAUACUUGGCACGCCGAAUUCCGGAAAAUCAACAUUACUGAAUGGGUUAAUUGGCGAAACUGUUUCGGUUGUGUCGGAUAAAGCACACACAACCAGAGAAAGGAUCUUGGCAAUAUUUUUAGAUACGCCUGGUGUGGUAGCAGGUCACAAUCACAUACGCAUGAAUCGACAUCUAUUGAAUGCGUCAUGGCACUCGAUAAGAGAAGCUGACCAUUUACUGGUACUCGUCGACGCAUAUAGAGCGGCACAUCGUUCAACAUUUACGGAAAAUUGGAUGUUUGAUCGCUUAAAUGAGUACCAGUUGCCUGCUACUUUAAUAUUAAAUAAGAUUGAUCUCUUGUCGAAUAAAAAUGUGAUCCCUCGAUUAAACGAAACUUAUUCAAGAAUAUACAGUCAUAUUGUGGAUAAAAUUGCCAUUUCAGCAUUGAAUAAUUAUAAUCUGAUAGCAUUGAAGGAAUUAUUGUUUUCAAAAACGCGUCCACAUAAAUGGCUCUACGCGCCCGAACAAAAAGUAGAAAUGGGGGAAUUGAAACGCGUCGAGGAAUUUAUCCGUGUAGAGUUUUUCAAGAGAUUAAAAAGUUAUUUACCGUAUAUGUUAACUCAAGAAAACCUCGGUUGGACAGAGCUCAAUGAUGGUACAUUACGAAUCGACCAAAUAAUCUACGUGGAAAAGAACACACAAGAGAAAAUCAUUAUAGGAAAACAAGGAAGCAUAAUAAGUGAGGUAGCACUUCGUGCACAGGAAGAAAUUUCGAGAGCUUUAAAGAGAUCAGUGAAACUUUUUUUUGACUGUUCGUAUAAAACCACAAUUCCGUCGAUAAAUCUUAAAAUAUUCUAA